AAUAGCUUUGAAAGGAGAAAAGUGAGAAUUGUUAGGAAGUGUUACUCCCUCUAACAGUGGACAUCUUCCACACAACUUAAAGAGCGGAUUUAGGAAUAUGAAGUUACAAAUAUCUUUUCUGCUGCUGCUGCUUUCCGUGAACAUUGUCUACAGCACUGUUGGCUAUUAUCCUGAACGCUUUAAGGUGCAGUCUAGUGAAUCAAUGAAAGGGCCUGCUUUCCUACCUUUCGGUGUGAAAAGCCAAGUUGUCCAGGCAAGGGGCGAUCAAGGCCCUUCUGGUCCAGCAGGCCCUCCUGGUCCAAGAGGACUCCCAGGCCCUGCAGGGGCUCCAGGAAAACCAGGAUAUGGAAGCCAAGGACCUCAAGGGCCACCGGGACCCCCAGGACCCCCAGGACUUUCAACCGUUGGAAAACCAGGCCUGCCAGGUUUGCAAGGAAGGCCAGGGGAAAGAGGACUAACUGGUGAAAAAGGAGAUAUGGGCCCCGCCGGUCUCCCAGGGCCGAGAGGUCCCCCAGGGGCCCCUGGAAUUCCUGGUCCAGCUGGGGUAUCUGUUGCUGGAAAACAAGGGCUGCCAGGGCCACAAGGGCUAAGGGGUGCCCCAGGAGAAAAAGGUGAGCCAGGCAUUCCUGGUAUCAAUGGACAGAAGGGUGAGAGCGGAUAUGGGGCUCCAGGUCGCCCAGGUGAAAAAGGUCUGCCGGGGCCACAGGGACCUUCAGGCCCUCCAGGACCAGCAGGGGUAGGAAGGCCUGGAGAAAGAGGAUUUCCAGGUGAGCCAGGUAUUAAAGGGGAGCGGGGUUUUCCAGGCACCUCAGGUCCAAUUGGCACCCCAGGUCCGCAAGGCUCUCGUGGGGAACCUGGAGAACCAGGAGUAGGAAAACCUGGACCAAGUGGACCACCAGGAAUACCAGGGAUCCCUGGAGCAAAAGGACUUCCAGGUCCCUCUGGCCUUCCUGGGCCUUCUGGUCUCCCAGGAUUUGGAAAACCAGGGUUGCCAGGGAUGAAGGGACAGAGAGGACCUGAAGGUCUCCCUGGUGCCCCAGGAGCAAAGGGAGAACAAGGACCAGCUGGUGCUCCAGGUGAACCAGGACCACUCGGACCACCUGGCAAUGCAGGCCCUCAAGGGCUCAGAGGUGCAGCAGGUGAAAAUGGCCUCCCUGGACUCAAGGGUGAGAGAGGCCCUGCAGGUCCAGCAGGAUUCCCAGGUGUUAAAGGAGAGAGGGGUGCACCAGGACUGCAGGGGAAAUCAGGAUACCCAGGGGAGCCAGGACUUACUGGCCCGAAAGGACAACCAGGUUUGCCAGGUCCAAAAGGGGAUGCAGGGCAUGCUGGGCAACCUGGCCUGCCUGGACCAAUGGGAUCACCAGGACCUAAGGGAGUGGCAGGAGUCAAUGGUGAACAAGGCCCUAGAGGACCGCCAGGAAUACCUGGUACAAAAGGACCAAUUGGUCCUCCAGGUAUUCCAGGAUUCCCUGGCAGUAAAGGGGAAACGGGUGCACCAGGAUUACCGGGCCCAGCUGGUAUUGCUGCAAAGGGUAUAGAUGGGCCUAUGGGACCUCCAGGACCACCAGGCCCCAAAGGCCACAAUGGAGAGCCUGGUUUGCCAGGUCCUCCAGGUCCACCUGGGCCUCCUGGACAAGCAGUAAUCCCAGGUGGCCAGGCCCUGGCCGGAAUGCCUGUUAUGAAAGCUGGUGAAGUGCAAGGUCUAACUGGCUUUCCGGUGUCAGCUUUCACUGCCACUCUUUCCAAAGCUUACCCUGCAUCAGCUGCCCCUAUCAGAUUUGAUAAGAUCUUGUACAAUAGACAACAGCACUAUGACCCCAGGUCAGGGAUCUUCACUUGCAGGAUACCAGGACUUUACUACUUUGCUUACCACGUGCAUGUGAAAGGGUCACAUGUUUGGGUAGGCCUGUACAAAAAUGGCUCGCCCAUCAUGUACACCUUUGAUGAGUACAAGAAAGGCUACCUCGAUCAGGCUUCUGGUAGUGCUGUUAUUGAGCUCAUGGAAAAUGAUCAAGUCUGGUUGCAGCUGCCCAACAAUGAAUCAAACGGCCUGUUCUCUUCAGAGUACGUUCACUCCUCCUUCUCAGGUUUCUUAUUUGCACAAAUAUAACAUUCUGCCACCCCCAAAAUAUAGCAUCUUAGUAUUUGUGUUUCUACUUGUAGAUGUCCAGCGGAGACUAGCUGAAGAAAGUGUGAACUCAAAAUUAAAUUUCAAAGGCAAAUGCUACAUGAUGUUUAUCUUAGGUGCUGUUUUUAAAAGACAUUUUAAAGAAGGGGUCGGGAGUCUGUGGCUCUCCAGAAUGUUGCAGGAUUCCAACUCCUAUUAGCCCCAGCUAAUUGUCAGGGAUGAUGGGAGAUAUAGUCCAACAACAUUUGGAGGGUCAUAUGUUCCUCACUCCUAUUUUAAAGGGUGAUGUUCACAAACUAUAAUUGUAUUUCAGUGCAAUACUCAACAAUGUAUUUAACUUGCCCAAACACUGAGAAAUCCCAAUUGCAAUUGCCAGGAUUAGAGCUUAAAAAUUGUAAGGCUACAGGGUCUUAUCAUUCACAAAAGUGUAGAAAAGAAGCAUAUCUAAAGAUCUAAUGCUUCCAUUAAUGAUACUGAUUUAAAUGAGUUUAUUUUCCCCUCGAAGUAGAUUAAAAAAUAAUUUUCACAGUUAAAAAGAGGCUGAACUCAUAGGUGAAAGACACUAUGGCUACAAAGUUAUUUCUUUUGAAAUCAGAGAGGCUAGCUUAUCACAGAAGUGUAUUUCGGGUGGGAGUUCACUGGCAAGCUCAUAUACAAAGUUCAUAUGCAUGUGAUCACUGCGAUUAUCACUCACAAAUCUAAUGUGAAACUACUAUAAUUAGUCAUUAGGAAUGAUAAAGUUUGUCACAUUGGUUAAUUAGUUAACAAUGUGUUAAGUUCUAUAAGAUAAAAUUAAAUAUAAGGUGCUACAGACUAACUGGAAUAUUCUGAAUAAAAUUAUUUUAGCAUGGUUAGGUUGUGUCAAAAGUCUCUUCCAAAAGAAAAUAUUCAUUCAAAUGGUUUUAAAUAGCCUCCUCUCCCUUAAAUACAUUAUGGCAUUGAGAGAAUGAUAAAUGACGGUGGGGAGGGAAGUAUUAUUUAAGUUUAUUAAUUUUACACUAUGGUGCUUGUACAAUUAUUCACUUACUGUACCAACAUGAGACCAGUUAAAUUUUUUAACAUUAAUAUUUCAUCCCACACUAAGUUCUUGAUUAUGUUAUUUUUGUCUGUGUGAAAUAAAAAUAAAUGGUCUUUAUUAUAUUAUAUUCAUUUGACACCAGCAUUUUACACUUUGUUCUAAAAAUGUCUAGUUGUGUUUGUCAAACGUGAUUUUUAAAAGCUGUAUUAAUUAAAA